AUGAAGAGCAAUAUCUUUUUAAUCACAUCUCUGCUGAGCCUCUGCUCUGCAGAUGCCUCUGCAGACUUCUUUGACAAUGGAGCUGAAGGCAUCUCCAACAGCGACUGGAAUCUUGCAAUGCGUAGCGCAAACGCAACUGGCUCAGCUAGUAUCCCCGGAUACAACAUCCGGAAGAAAUAUCCAGGAGAGAAAAGCGAUAACUGGACCGUGUCGAUUUCAAUUGCCAGCGACAUACCAGGUGGAAAUUCUGCUUCUGGUAAAUUCGUUACUGGCACGCAGAUUGAGUGGAACGGCCCACCAGGCGUAAUCUCUGGAGCGGAUUCGUCUUGGUUUCUGUGCCGUAAUGUUUACAGCAGCUUGAAGCUGAAACAAUCGGGCGCUGGGCCAACCAAUGGAAGCUGUUCGGGACUGCUCUCUGAUGGAUGUCUAAGUGCUCUCCAAAAGUCACUUGAGGCAGGCACGCAGUGCCAAACCAAUAGUCUGCCCUCUGAUUGCGUAGAUGAGCUUGAAUUAGACAAUGGCCAAGGAUUCGGCUUGACAUCUGCUCACCCGGCCAAGAGCUCCAACACCAGCGACUCAUUCCAGAUUCGCCAUGGUAACGAGAACCAUGGCCGCGGAAACUUUACAGCUUACGAUGCUGCUAUUCGACAAGUCUGGCUCGUCAUGACUGGAUUCGCCCAGGCUGGAAAUGAUAGUGCGAGCCCACGUGGUUCAGCUGGUCAGCCAGGAAGCGUUGCAUGCUUACAAGCUAAUCAAGUCCAAAACAAUAGCAGAGAUUUUAAAAACGCAGCCAAUAUCGCAUCCUCGUCACUGGUACAAGUUUUGAUAGGUAUCGCUGUGGCAGUGAGCCUGUGCUGGUAA